AUGGACGAGUACAUUGGCAUUCCGCGGGAUCAUCCCGAGUCAUACCACAGUUUCAUGUUUAAACAUUUCUUCUCCCACGUGAACAUCAAACGGGAAAAUGUUCACAUUCUUGACGGGAAUGCACCAAAUCUUGACGAGGAAUGUACAAAGUACGAAGCCAAGAUCAAGGCAGCCGGCGGCAUCGAGCUUUUUCUGGGCGGCGUGGGCCCUGACGGACAUAUCGCCUUCAACGAGCCUGGGUCCAGUCUAGCAUCUCGCACGAGAGUCAAGACACUAGCCAUGGACACGAUUCGCGCCAAUGCGCGCUUCUUCGGCGGCGAUGUCUCAAAGGUGCCUCAGAUGGCGCUCACAGUGGGCGUGCAGACAAUUAUGGAGGCCAAGGAAGUUGUCAUUAUUGCCAACGGAGCCUCCAAGGCUGUGGCAUUGCAAAAGACAAUUGAGGGCGGCGUCAACCACAUGUGGACUCUCUCCUGCCUUCAACUUCAUCCCUAUUCCAUGAUUGUGGCCGACGAAGAUGCUUCACUAGAGCUACAGGUCAAGACGGUCAAGUAUUUCAAGAGCAUCGAAAAGGUUGGCCUCGGACGAGGCUUUGAGCAGAAGCUUCCCUUGAAACUUCGGACAUGGUCGCUUGUCAGUCCGCCUCGAACCCCGGAUCUCAAGUCAUCGGGUCCGACUCAGGCGGACGAUCAUGUCGUCGAGCUUACCCCUGACAGUAUGUCGUCUCGCAUUGGGUCCUGGCCCCAGACGUAG